AUGUUUAGUCUUUCUCUUCCUAAGCCCGGGGCGCAGGUUUCGCAAGGAGCCUCCCAGCAGACCCCAGAGGCUAGCCGGAUACUGCGCCGCAGUUCUUUCCACGACAGUGAAUCCAUGUCCAGUUGCCCCUAUGGCUGGCAACAACAGAAGCGUGGAUCUUAUCCCGCCUCAACCGGUUCCAGCCAUCAGAGCCUUAAAGUGUUAUAUUCACCCAAAUCCGAGGUUAUGUCACGUCAAUCUAGUCAAGUUCAUCCUGUCAUUCGUCGGGGUUCAGUGAGUCAUGGUAUGAUCUAUGAGCUCUAUCGUGCCUCAAUAAGUUCCUCGGAAGCGAUACGCCGAGUAAGUGUUGUCCAAGACUCCCUGACACGGGCUAUCUCACCUGUGCACAUUUUCCCCCGUUGGAUUCGUCUACAACGGAUUCGAAACCACCUCAUAGUCUGCAUUCUUGUACUUUCACUGCUCUAUAUUGUCCUUCAAUUAUACUUUUUGAUUGCAAACAUCGCAUGCAUAGACAGUCAUCUUUUCUCCCUGGUUCUCUGCUCCCUCAUCUUUCUUUAUAUACUCAUUUCUCAAUUGAUACUCUUUUACUACCGAUUUUUCUGUCUAAUUGGAUCCACCGAGAUCAUGAUGCUUUACACCAACUUCAUUCUUACUACCUUUCUGAUGAUUAGCUGUCUCUUUAUGGCCUUCAGCGAAUUUAUCAGCCCCAUUUUUAGACAAUUAUUUCUCUGCCCUAAGCACAACGUUAGCAGUGGCUUGUUGGAGAACAAUCCGACUAACUCGGGGGUCAGAGUGCUCAGUGCUGAAAAUGAUUCGAAAAUAACGGAUGAAAAGGUUAACGAACUGGUGAACACUAGCACAUGCAUCUGGAUGAGCAAACAAGAUCUGGGAAAUGAAAUAAAUCGGCUCAUUCAUCAAGAGGCCAACUUGACCUCACAAGUGCUAAAACCCAUGACGAGUCAUCUGCAACACUUCUUGAUGGUUGGAAAUGUGCUCAGCUGCCCGUACACUAUUUCCAUUGCCUUUAUAUCUCUACUUUUCAUUAACCUGACUCUGCCCUUUAUCAGCAUUUUUCUCCUACACUUGGUUCACUCGAAAUUGGCGCAUAUUGUCAACGAAUUUCACACAGACCCCCGAGUCAACAGCACCGCAGAGAGUAGGGAUCGCUCCAGCGAGAAAACUGUAACCAAAGCACCAUGGAGAAGAAAGCGUUGCUCUAAAAGUCUGAAUGCAUUACGAAUGUCAAUAAACCAGAAUAUGUAUUCACCUUUGAUUGACCUGUCCGCGAAUUCGGCAUCGAUAGCUGCCGUGGAAGACGCUGCAAACUCUACUGUCGCCAAAACAUUACCAGCAGUCGAGGCUGCUGGCCUUUCGGAAUCAGAGAAUAACAUGAACUUAAUAGCCAAUAGUGGUGUUAGCAAUAAAGAUGGCGCCUUGGCCAUCUUUGACCAUAUUUUUAAAAGUGAAGGAGCCAGCUAUGACAACAAUGUAGGAGGCGUGACUCGA